UUCCGCAGGGCACACAGACUUAGUGGUCCGCUUGUUUCCCGCCGGCUGCCGAUCUUGCGGUGCAAUCAUGGUGGACGUAAUGGAGUCGCCCAAGGCGCGCAUUAACGCCAGCAUGCUAGCUCAGUUCAUCGAUCAGCCCGUCUGCUUCGUAGGGAGGCUGGAGAAGAUUCAUCCCACUGGGAAAAUGUUUAUUCUUUCAGAUGGAGAAGGAAAAAAUGGAACUGUUGAGUUGAUGGAGCCUCUUGAUGAAGAAAUCUCUGGAAUCGUGGAAGUAGUUGGAAAAGUAACGGCCAAGGCAACCGUUAUGUGUGCAUCUUAUGUCCAGUUUAAAGAAGAUAACCAUCCUUUUGAUCUUGGACUUUACAAUGAAGCUGUGAAAAUUACCCAUGAGUUCCCUCAGUUUUUUCCUUUGGGGAUUGUGCAGUAUGGUUGAGCUUGAUGAAUUUUUUAUGAUUGCCAAUGAGCUACUUUGAAGACUAUUACAGGAGGCCCCUGAUAUUUGAAGGAGAGAUUGUUCUCUUUUUAAUUUCACUUACUAACUUUAUUAGAUAUUCCAGUAUGCCACUUUUGACAGAACUGGUUUAUUGACAGUUCUCACCUAAGUCCUCAUAAAGAGUCAUUUCUCUGGCAUAUGGUCAGAUUAGAUGCAAGAAAAAAGAAGUUGGCUGAGUUUAGUUUUCUGUUUUGUUAAUAAAAGUUUAAAUGGUACAUACUGUUGGUCGUAUCAUUCUUAUUCUUUUAGUCAUCUAUUCAAGCACAAACUUGGAAUUUCAUAGCUCUAAGGUCAGGACUUAGACUUACCAAAUGAAACCCUGGGCCAAUUGUGUUAAGAAUUUACUUGCUACCUCAUGAACUAUACCAUGUUAAUAACUUCCUUGAUACUGUGAAAAAAUGAUUUUAUUAAAAGA